AUGGCCCCCUCUCAGAAACGCAAGCCGAUUGACGACGACUUCGUCCACACAAUUUCCGACAAUGACGAGGACAUUGUCGAGGAAGAAGAGGCUGUCGCGCCGCCCCCGAAGAAGAAGGUGAAGACCGCCAAGAAGUCCAAGAAGUCUAAGAAGGGUGAGGAAGAGGAGGAGGAAGAGCGCGAAGGCAUCUGGGGCAAGAAUGAAGACGACGACGGUGCCAUGGACUCCGACUUCGAGUUUGCCCAAGACGGCGCUGUCGAAUUCGGCGACGACGAGUUUGAGGGCUGGGGCUUCGACGGCGCAAAGAAGUCCAUGAAGAACCAGGACCCGGUUGGCGUCGAUUUGGACGAGAUCAUCCGCAGGAGGCGCGCGAAGAAGACCGGCAACGAGGAGCCCGAGGCCGCCGUACAGGAGGAGGCUGGUGACGACGACGACGAGGCAGAGAACGACAUGGAUAUCGACCUCGACGACGAUGAAGACGGAGUGCUUGCCGACGACGCCUUCGGCAUGGGUGUUGACCCUGAGAACGAAGGGUCGGCCGAUGAGGAAAUUCCCGACGCAGAAGACGAAGACGCCGCUGCAUCAGACAACGACUCCGUUGCGACACCCGUAGACCACCCCGACGACGCCCGCGACGAUUCAGACGACGAAGAGGAGGAUGCAGAGGAACAAGCCAAGCGUGAUGCCUUCUUCGCGCCAGAGGAGCCCGCACAGCCCGGCAAGAAGGAUAUCGCUUCAUCAUUCCAGGGCAUGUCUCUGUCGCGUCCCCUUCUCAGAGGUCUUGCCGCCGUUGGCUUCUCCAAGCCCACGCCCAUUCAGGCCAAGACCGUGCCCAUCGCUUUGAUGGGCAAGGAUGUUGUCGGUGGUGCAGUCACUGGUUCUGGAAAGACAGCCGCCUUCGUCGUGCCCAUUCUCGAGCGUCUCCUGUAUAGACCGAAGAAGGUGCCCACCAGCCGUGUCGUCAUCCUCACCCCUACCCGUGAAUUGGCUAUCCAGUGCCACGCCGUCGCUACCAAGCUCGCGGCCUACACGGACAUCAAGUUCACACUGGCCGUUGGUGGUCUCAGUCUGAAGCAGCAAGAGGUCGAACUCAGAUUACGGCCGGAUGUCAUCAUUGCUACUCCCGGUCGUUUCAUCGAUCACAUGAGAAACUCUGCCAGCUUCAACGUCGACACUGUAGAGAUUCUGGUGCUUGAUGAGGCCGAUCGUAUGCUCGAGGACGGUUUCGCCGACGAACUGAACGAGAUUCUCACCACACUCCCCAAGUCAAGGCAGACCAUGUUGUUCUCUGCUACCAUGACGUCGUCUGUCGACCGCCUGGUCCGCGUCGGCAUGAACAAGCCCGCCAGGGUCAUGGUGGAUUCCCAGAAGAAGACAGUCGGCACCCUGGUGCAAGAGUUCAUCCGCCUGCGUCCCGGCCGUGAGGAGAAGCGCAUGGGCUACUUGAUCCACAUCUGCAAGACGAUGCAUACCGAGCGGGUCAUCAUCUUCUUCCGCCAAAAGAAGGAGGCUCACAGGGCAAGAAUCAUCUUUGGUAUGCUGGGCAUGUCCUGCGCGGAGCUCCACGGUAGCAUGAACCAGGCUCAGAGAAUUGCCAGUGUAGAGAACUUCCGUGACGGCAAGGUCAACUACCUCUUGGCCACCGAUCUUGCGUCUCGUGGUCUCGACAUCAAGGGCGUUGACACCGUCAUCAACUACGAGGCGCCGCAGAAGCUGGAGAUUUACGUGCACAGAGUCGGCCGUACUGCGCGUGCCGGCAGAAGCGGUGUCGCCGUCACCCUGGCUGCCGAGCCGGACCGCAAGGUCGUCAAAGCCGCGGUCAAGGCGGGCAAGUCCCAGGGAGCCAAGAUCAUGAGCCGAGUCAUCGAGCCAGCGGAAGCAGACAAGUGGCAAGCUCAGGUGGACGAGAUGGAAGACGAGAUCGAGGAGAUCAUCGUCGAGGAGAAGCAAGAGAAGCAGUUCGCACAGGCCGAGAUGCAGGUCAGGAAGGGAGAGAACAUCCUCGAGCACGAGGCCGAGAUCAAGUCCAGGCCGAAGAGGACAUGGUUCGAGACGGAGCAGGACAAGAAGAAGGCCAAGGACGCGGGCCGGGCCGAGCUCAACGGCGAGGGCGGCCCGGGCAAGAAGAAGGUGAAGAUGAGCAACAAGGCCAGAAAGCAGCUCGACGCCAAGGCCAUCAGGAGCGAGGGCCACGUAUGGAAGAAGGGCAAGGCGGAGCGUGCUGGACAAGGCGCCGUGCUAAACCUCAAGAAGAAGAAGGUCCCCAAGAACGGCAGAAUGAGGGCGAAGAUGGCCCGUGGAAAGAGGCCCUUCAGGCGAUUUGGUCCCCCGCACCCGCAUCCUCAUAAUCGACUCAGUCUGCUGCGAUACCUCUUCCCGCGAACCGUCCGAGAUCGAUAUCGCGAGCGCGUCCUCAACUUCCGGCUCGACACGCUUCCGCAGCUCAAGCAUCGCUUCCAGUCCCGCAUUUACCGGUUGAUUCUUGAGCGCCAGCGCAAGCGGAACGAAAAGUCGAGGCUUGUCGACGUCUUCCGGCGGCAAAGUCGCCGGCUGCUCUUGGGCCCACCCCCAGCGAGGCCGGCGAGGCAUGCGAGAGCAGGACGCCCAGGCAAAACGAUGUCCACUUGGUCAGACUACACAGGCAACGGAGGAGGAGGAGGAGGAGGAGGAGGAGCUACGGCUAACUCCAGCCGCAAUGGGGAUGGGAACGGCUAUGGAUAUGGCGCGGCGCCAGAGGGCGAGCCGGCACAAGGCGAGAGAGGUUUCCGUCGGAAAUGGCUGGCUGCAAAGGCAGGCAGCAUGUAUCGCGCCGGUGCAGUUGCGAUGAACGAGAUAAGAGAAGGAUAUGCGCAGACGCGGGUGAGGUCGCUGGAACCAGACGAUGGCAUGCCGAGGACGACAAUACCCGGAUCAUUCCCAGAUGUUGCCAUUACAGUGCAGGGUGACGACCAGAUGGUCAUCUUUCCGUCCUAUGCGAAGCGACACACCAAGCAAGAUUGGGGCGAUGAAAACGAGUACAUCUCGAAUGAACCACACGGGGCCAUUAGAGAUUCGGAGUACUGGAGGCAAGAGUGGGAGCGCAACGAAGACGAGAGGGCAAUUGUGGAUAUUGACGUCAGAGGAUGGGUUUACUCGCCGCACAAAGGGCCCAUGACUAGACGCAAUCGGAUUCUCAUCGGGCUCGCGCGCCAGUUGAGCGGCAUCCCAGCGCCCAGGCAAGACGCCCCUCCCUCGGAUUCGCUGGGGGCGCUUCACCAGUCUCACGAGGAGAGGAGGGAGCAGGAGAAGAUUGCGAAAGAGGCGGCAGAGAUUGAGAAGAGGGGUCAGGAGGAGAGGCGUGUGGCAAAUCGCGGUGGCUUCAGCGAAGCGGCGCGAGAGGAGGACGACGAUGACGCCGGUAGCAUAUACCCCGCGAGGUCAAGAUCUCGCAGUGGCAACCGAACGCCUAUGACGGCUCCAGGAUCGCCCAAGAUGCCAGCUAGGCAGUACACGAACGGCAACGAGCUGUCGGAGGCUGAAUUAUCCGUCGCAAACGCGAACCUCAUGGCUAGGAUAGCGCCAUUCAUGACGACACCCCUGAUUCAGCUUCCCAUCACCAUAUUCUUCUACAACGAUGAGAAGUCGGCUUCGCGGACGGUGCAGACCAAUGACGCUGGUCACUUCGUCAUACGUGCCGCCUUGGACUUUGUUCCAACACAUGUCCGCGUCUUGGCCAACCAAAGCCUAUCGGCAGUUCAAGAAGUCAAGAUCAUUGAACCAAGGGGCGUUAGUCUGAUCAGCGAUAUCGACGACACCAUCAAGCGGUCCAACAUCUCUGGCGGCGCGAAGGAGAUCUUCCGAAACACGUUCAUCCGUGAGCUGAAGGACUUAACGGUCGAGGGCGUCAAGGAGUGGUACAACGAGCUGCACGCGAUGGGCGUCAGCAUACAUUACUGCUCAAACAGCCCGUGGCAGUUAUUCCCAGUUUUGGCAAGCUACUUUAUGAUUGCCGGCUUGCCUCCAGGAUCUCUCCACCUUAAACAGUACAGCGGUAUGCUCCAGGGCAUCUUCGAGCCGGUGGCCGAAAGGAAGAAGAGCACACUUACUCGGCUGAUGAAGGACUUCCCUGAGCGGAAGUUCCUGUUGGUGGGUGACAGCGGCGAGGCUGAUCUGGAAGUCUACACUGAGCUGGUUGAAACCCAUCCAGGACGAAUCAUUGCAGUGUUCAUCCGUGAUGUCACGACUCCUGAACAGAGCGGCUACUUUGAUUCAUCGUUCGAGGGCACCGCUCGCCAGAAGGCUCCAACAAUCAGACUUCAGGACAAGAGCGACGAGCCGGCAAAAAGGCCUGGUCUGCCACCACGCGGUGAGAACAAGACAGCCGGACCCGUUAUGGGCGAUCUGAUUGACUUCUCGGACGAGCCGGAGCAGGCGACUCUGGAUGACGCAGCUGCGCUUGCUCAACUCAAGGCAAGGCCAAAACCUACUUCAAGUGCGAGCACGUCUGAUCUUGCUAUCCGCAAACCUCCACCGCCUCGUCCAGUCAAGCCAGCAGCCCUUCGCAGUGCUCCUUCAGACACGAAGGUGCCUACUUUGGGCUCCAAUGGCGGUUCUGCUCCACCUCCGCCUGCGCCACGGUCGAGAAAACCAUCCGCUGACCGAUCCGCCCCUCAUCCGCUGUCACAAAUACACAACGCAUCGCAGCAGACGGUUGGUAGCACCGGCAGCGUACCCAAAACAGCAAAGAUACCAGCAUCGACUACCCCAGAGGAGAUGAGCAAAGCGUUCAAAGUCCCACCACCGCCCCCACCUCCGCGGCGCAGGGACACCCCGUCCGGGGCCCGGAGCCUCAGCCCGCGGACCAUUAAUCGGCAGAGACUGUCGAGCAACGACGACAUUGACUUUGAAGCCCUCCCACCGUCUGCCGGUUCUCAGCCGCCCGCGUUUGCAAAGACCAAGUCGAACAGCCUCAAGUCGGGAGCCACGUCUCCAACGUUGGGGUCUCCGACGAUGGGACCAACAUACCCCAACAGGAAACACGAGUUAUGGAUGCGCCGUCUGCAGCGCGCACAGGAAGUAUUGGAGCAGCACGGAGUUGCCUUGUACACGUGGCGGAGAGGCGAUGACGUUGUCGCUGAAGCAGUGGGCAUGGUCGAGGAAGAACUUAAAAGAGUAGGAAAUGGGAAAGGUAAUGGAGAGAAGGAUGCCCGGGCGGACGGAAAGAGGUUUGAGAGGCAGUUGAAGGCGGAACAGCAACACAGGCAGCAGAGGCCGCCGCAACAGCAGUGGAGGUGA